AAGUGCUGGAGGCAAAGGGGUGAAUGGGAGGGCUUCGGAGGACCGCCGGCGGCCUAAUUGGGAAGUAGAAAGGAAGAGGGAAACCGCAGCGGGUGAGACAGUUAGACAAGGAUGUAAGAGACUGGAAGGGCAGAAACUCAGGGUCCCGGGCCGGCCUCAUCCACUGGAGGCCCAAAGCAGGAGGAGCAAGGCGCAAACCUGGCCUCGCCACUAGGAUAGAGUAGUGUGUCCAUUGUCCAGAACUCAUCUGAGAAACUGCCACAGGAAGUGCUGCUCUGCUCCAGUCUGGUCACUGAAAAGGGAGCUCCAGGACCUGCAGGAUGGGGGCAGGCUGUGUCAAAGUCACCAAGUACUUCCUCUUCCUCUUCAAUCUGCUGUUCUUUAUCCUGGGUGCUGUGAUCCUGGGCUUUGGGGUGUGGAUUCUUGCAGACAAGAGCAGCUUCAUUUCCGUCCUACAAACCUCAUCCAGCUCGCUGCAGGUGGGGGCAUACGUCUUCAUUGGUGUGGGCGCCAUCACCAUGCUGAUGGGCUUCCUGGGCUGUAUUGGUGCUGUCAACGAAGUCCGCUGCCUGCUGGGUCUGUACUUCGUCUUCCUUCUGCUGAUUCUUAUCGCACAGGUGACUGUAGGGGUCCUCUUCUACUUCAAUGCUGACAAGCUGAAGCAGGAGAUGGGGAACACGGUGAUGGACAUUAUUCAGAACUACAGUGUCAAUGCCAGCAGCAGCCGCGAGGAGGCUUGGGACUAUGUGCAGGCGCAGGUGAAGUGCUGUGGCUGGGUCAGCCCCUCCAACUGGACAGAUAACCCGGUGCUCAUGAACUCUACCAAGACCACUUACCCAUGCUCCUGUGAGAAGAUGAAGGAGGAGGACAACCAGCUCAUUGUGAAGAAAGGGUUCUGCGAGUCCGACAACAGCACCGCGAGUGAAAACAGGCCUGAGGACUGGCCUGUGCACCCGGAGGUAUGUGGGGCUGGCAGCCGGGAGCUGGACUCUACCACUCUCAGAGAGGCAGGUGGUCCAGCUCCUGAAUGUGUCCGGGCUGUCACUCAGGCCUACUUCCUUGUUAGAUCCCUCCUUCCAGUCUGCUCACACCUUCCUCUACAGGUGCAUGGGGUCUCCUCAUGAGACCAUCCUGGGCAGGCUCGCUGCAGCUGGGUAGUGGCUGACGUGAUCUUUCCACAGGGGUGCAUGGAGAAGGCUCAGGCAUGGCUACAGGAGAACUUCGGCAUCCUUCUGGGCGUGUGUGCCGGUGUUGCUGUCAUUGAGCUGCUGGGGUUGUUCCUGUCCAUAUGUCUGUGCCGGUACAUUCAUUCUGAAGAUUACAGCAAGGUCCCCAAGUACUGAGGCUGCUGACGUCCCCACUGUCCUGUGUUUCUCCACCCUCAGUCUCCCACAGGGCCUCUACAGCUUUCCCACAUGAGCCGUGCUCCAUCUACUACUGAGGCCUCUGGCCCACCCUGGGAAGGUUGUAGGAACUUUCUGGGCCUGGGUCCUUCUCCCUGCCUUUCUGCCACCAAUAUGGGGCCCUUACUGUCCUGUAGCUCUUCCUCCUACUGCCUGGAAUAUUUUUAACAGCUUGAAAUGGCUCCCAGUAUUACUGUACACAGGAUAGCUGGGUCCCCACCCUGAAGUCAUAUUAUAACAAUAUAAUAUUAAAAACCAGGGAGGGUGGGCUAGCACCCAUGGCUGCCCAGGGAAAGGCCACAGGAAAGGUUAGUGGUUUCCCCACUGUGACACUUUCUUUAUGGGUUUUCGAUGUUUCUGUGGGAGACAGGGUAGGCAGUUCUUGUACACACUUGGAAUACUCCCCCCAAGCUCAGUUCAGCAGGGAACUGAACGGAGAGGCUGCCUGGGGGACUGGCCCAGGUAGCCUCCAGUGAGCUUUUCCUUGGUGAGGGACCUGACAGCUUAGGGGCAUGGGUCCCUCAGGUCUGGCAUAAGACCCUGAGUUGUCUGGACAAGAGAAGGAGGAUCUGGACUGGUAUUUCUUGGCAGCUGUCCCCUGUCCCCUGGGCUAAGGGUGGGUGAGGCUGUGCCUUGCAGGGUGGGGGAGGGUUUCCAUAUGCUCAUCUCUGAAAUCAACUAUUAAAGGAGGAUUUGUAACAAUCCA